CGCCGCUGCCUCGCCCAGGACCCGCCGACCUCCUCCCGCUUCCCGUCCAGGCCUGGCUUCUGUCCUGCGCGCGCAGAUUAACGCAAACCCGGAAGCGGAUCGGGUGGAAUGAAGGUCACAUCGCCGUGAUAUCUCUUCCAAAUGCUUGAUGAAAAAGGUGGGAGGAUCACUUGAACCAGGACGUUGAAGUCUGCAGUGAGCCCUGUUUUUGCCACCACAUUCCAGCCUGGGCUCAAGUGAUCUGCCUGCCUCCGCUACCCAAAGUGUUGGGAUUACAAGGGUGAGUCACCACUCCUGGCUGGUCUUGGAAUUUUCUAGAGGGGGAAGACCAAGACAGCCUAUUGGGCCUUCCAGGCCAUCACAUGGGAUUCAGCCGCACCUCGUUCCUCCUCACCUCAGAGCUUCUCAGGAUAACUUGGUGAAAUGUCUCCUGCUGUGAGCCUCGGUGAGGCCACCUGUAACAUAGAGGAUUGAUUUCUAAAGACUCAUGUUACAUGAGGAAGCAGCUGAGAAGAGGAAAGGAAAGGAGCCUGGCAUGGCCCUUCCUCAGGGACGCUUGACUUUCAGGGAUGUGGCUGUAGAAUUCUCAUUGGCAGAGUGGAAAUGCCUGAACCCUGCGCAGAGAGCUUUAUACAGGGAAGUGAUGUUGGAGAACUACAGGAACCUGGAGUCUGUGGAUAUCUCUUCCAAAUGCAUGAUGAAGGAGGUCUUGUCAACAGGGCAGGGCAAUACGGAAGUGUUCCACACAGGGACAUUGCAAAGACAUGAAAGUCAUCACAUUGGAGAUUUUUGCUUCCAGGAUAUUGAGAAAGAAAUUCAUGACAUUGAUUUUCAGUGUCAAGAAGAUGAAAGAAAUGUCCAUGAAGCACCCAUGACAAAAAUUAAAAUGUUGACUGGGAGUACAGAACAAUAUGAUCAAAGGCAAGCUGGAAACAAGCCUAUUAAUGAUCAGCUUGGAUCAUGCUUUCAUUCGCAUCUGCCUCAACUCCACUUAUUUCAGAUCAAAGGUAUAAUUGCUAAUCAACUUGAGAAGUCUACCAAUGAUGCUCCCUCACUUUCAACAUUCCAAAGAAUUUCUUGCAGGCCCCAAAUCCAUAUUUCUAAUAACUAUGAGAGUAAUUCCCCAAAUUCUUCACUACUCGCACAAAAACAGGAAGUACACAUGAGAGAAAUAUCUUUCCAAUGUAAUGAGAGUGACAAAGCCUUUAAUUGCUCACUCUUAAGGAAACACCAGAUAAUCCAUUUAGGAGACAAACCAUAUAAAUGUGAUGUAUGUGGCAAGCUCUUUCAUCACAAGCAGUACCUCGCAUGCCAUCAGAGAUGCCACAUGGGUGAGAAACCUUACAAGUGUAAUGAGUGUGGCAAGUCCUUCAGUCAGGUGUCAUCCCUUACAUGCCAUCGUAGACUUCAUACUGGAGUAAAACCUUACAAGUGUAUUGAGUGUGGCAAGAUCUUUGGUCAAAAUUCAGCCCUUAUAAUUCAUAAGGCAAUUCAUAGUGGAGAGAAACCUUACAAGUGUAAUGAAUGUGGCAAGACUUUUAAUCAACAAUCACACCUUUCACGUCAUCAUAGACUUCAUACUGGAGAGAAGCCUUACAAAUGUAAUGUUUGUGACAAGGCUUUCACAUGUCAUUCCUAUCUGGCAAACCAUACUAGAAUUCAUAGUGGAGAGAAACCUUACAAGUGUAAUGAGUGUGGCAAGGCUUUUAAUCAACAAUCAAACCUUGCACGUCAUCAUAGACUUCAUACUGGAAAGAAACCUUACAAAUGUGAAGAAUGUGACAAAGUUUUCAGUCAGAAAUCAACCCUUGAGAUACAUCAGAGAAUUCACACUGGAGAGAAGCCAUACAAAUGUAAGGUUUGUGACACAGCUUUCACAUGUAAUUCACAGCUGGCACGACAUAGAAGAAUUCACACUAGAGAGAAAACUUACAAGUGUAAUGUGUGUGGCAAGACCUUCAUUCACAUGUCAUACCUCGUAUGCCAUCGUAGAGUUCAUAGUGGUGAGAAACCUUACAAGUGUAAUGAGUGUGGAAAGACCUUCAGUCACAGGUCAUACCUUGUAUGCCAUCGUAGAGUUCAUAGUGGAGAGAAACCUUACAGGUGUAAUGAAUGUGGCAAGACCUUCAGUCACAGGUCAUCCCUUGUAUGCCAUCAUAGACUUCAUAGUGGUGAGAAACCUUACAAGUGUAAUGAGUGCAGCAAGACCUUCAGUCGCAGGUCAUCCCUCCUAUGCCAUCAUAGACUUCAUAGUGGUGAGAAACCUUACAAGUUUAAUGAGUAUGGCAAUAACUUCCAUCACUGGUCAUCCCUUGUAUACCAACGUAAACGUCAUACUGGAGAGAAAUCUUACAAAUGUACAGUUUGUGACAAGGCUUUCAUGCGUAAGUCAGUCCUGGCAAUACAUACUAGAAUUCAUAGUGCAGAGAAACCUUACAAGUGUAAUGAAUGUGGGAAAGCUUUUAAGCAACAAUCACACCUUUCACGUCAUCAUAGAAUUCAUACUGGAGAGAAACCUUACAAAUGUGAAGCAUGUGACAAAGUUUUCAGUCGCAAAUCAACCCUUGAGACACAUAAGAGAAUUCACACUGGAGAGAAACCAUACAAAUGUAAGGUUUGUGACACAGCUUUCACGUGGAAUUCACAGCUGGUACGACAUACAAGAAUUCACACUGGAGAGAAAACUUACAAGUGUAAUGAGUGUGGCAAGACUUUCAGUCACAAGUCCUCCCUUGUAUGCCAUCGAAGACUUCAUGGUGGAGAGAAAUCUUACAAAUGUACGGUUUGUGACAAGGCUUUCAUGUGUCGUUCCUACGUGACAAAACAUACUAGAAUUCAUAGUGGAGAGAAACCUUACAAGUGUAAUGAGUGCAGCAAGACCUUCAGUCACAGGUCAUCCCUUGUAUGCCAUCAUAGACUUCACAGUGGUGAGAAACCUUACAAGUGCAUUGAGUGCGGCAAGACCUUCAGUCAGAAGGCAUCCCUUCUAUGCCAUCGUAGACUUCAUAGUGGUGAGAAACCUUACAAGUGUAAUGAGUGUGGAAAUACCUUCCGUCACUGGUCAUCCCUUGUAUGCCAUCGUAGACUUCAUAACGGAGAGAAAUCUUACAAAUGUACAGUUUGUGACAAGGCUUUCGUGCGUAAUUCUCUCCUGGUAAGACAUACUACAAUUCACACUGCAGAGAAACCUUACAAGUGUAAUGAAUGUGGGAAGGUUUUUAAUCGACAGUCACACCUUUCAAGUCAUCAUAGAACUCAUACUGGAGAGAAACCUUACAAAUGUGAAGCAUGUGACAAAGUUUUCAGUCGCAAAUCACACCUUAAAAGACAUAGUAGAAUUCACACUAGAGAGAAACCUUAUAAGUGUAGUGAGUGUGGCAAAGCCUUUAGUGAGCAGUCAAUGCUUAUUCACCAUCAGGCAAUUCAUGGUUUAGGGAAAGUUGACUAAUGUAAUUGUGUCCGGAAUUGGUGGGUUUCUUGGUCUCACCGAGUUCACGAAUGAAGCCACGGAUCCUCACGGUGAGUGUUACAGUACUUAAAGAUGGUGUAUCCGGAGUCUGUGCUUUCAGAUGUUCAGAUUUGUCCACAGUUUUUUUCUUCUGGUGGGUUCAUGGUCUCACUGACUUCAGGAGUGAAGCUUCAGACCUUUGCAACGAGUGUUAUAGCUCAUAAAGGCACCGUGGACCCAAAGAGUGAGCAGCAGCAAGAUUUAUUGUAAAGAGUGAAAGAACAAAGCCUCAACAGUGUGGAAGGGGACCCGAGUGGGAUGCUGCUGCUGGCUGGGGCAGCCUGCUAUUAUUCCCUUAUUUGACCCCUCCCACAUCAUACUGAUUGGUCCAUUUUACAGAGAGCUUAUUGGCCCACUUUACAGAGAGCUGAUUGAUCCAUUUUUACAGGGUGCUGAUUGGUGUGUUAAUAAACCUUUA